UUGACUUGGUUGGAUUUAUCUAGUACAUCCGACAGAUCUUGAUCAAUUAAAAAAGGAAAAUGGCCCUUUACGAUAAUCAACACUGGCUCCUGUCACACAUCAGAGAUAGUUUUCUCGCUACGGAUGACACAGAUAAAUUUUAUUACUACCUUCUGUUACUCUUGCUUCAAAGGCAUGUGUGAGAUGGUAAUGCUGGGAGAAGAUAUUCCAAAGCAGAUGAAAGAAAACGGAAUGUUGCAAUGUUACCCUGGAAGGGAGGAGAGCGAUGAUGAAGACUUAGAUGUACUGGCAGAAUCUUAUGAUAUACAAAUGGAUAUGGAAUUCACUCACAGACAGAGAUCCAACACUGCACAGAGACUGGAGAAGAUGGAUAUAGAAAGGAAGAAGGCUGCUGAAGUUAAACAUGUUAAAUGGGAGCACAAUCCUAAUGUUGUCACACCUACAGAUCAAUCAGAGCUAUUUCAGAGGAAAGAUUUUCGUAAAAGCGCAUCACUGAAAAGAGGGCACUCUCUUCUGUCGGAACAGCUUGAAAAAUGUCCAAAUUUACCUCAAAAUCCAUUCAAGGAAUAUGCCAAGUUUGAUGGCAAUGCACAGGUUGGUACACCCGUAAGGAAAUACAGAAUAUUCAUGUGCAUGCUACCCAAGGAAGAGAGGACGUAUCCGCUACAAGUGGUCGUCACGGCGACGGCACGUGUGCUAGACUUCAUUGGACUAAUUUGCUACAAAUAUGCAAGUGAACAUCCUGAUCAUAAUUUGAAGGAGGAUAUCUCACGUUACGGUCUCUACAUCACUGAGGACGACGGCGAAGUGGACUGGGCCUUUCCUUGUUUAGAUUUACGCGAGACAAUUUCAAAGUUCGAGUUCACGACGUUGGGUUUGAUCGAGAUGAAACCGAGCGACUUGGCGAGGCAUAACGCGGUUAGUUGCGUGGAAAAAAAGGACGAGGAGGACUUUGAGGGUAAAGAUAAGGAACAAGAGGAGGUCGCGAACGAUUUGGCGAAGAUGGAAGGUCAUACUACUGCGAUGGAAGCACCGUUAUAUCAAUCAUAUAGGGUACAUAUAAUUAACAAGAUGCGAGCAAAAACCGAAAUUCACCUGGGUAUAUCGGGUGAGAAGAUAGAGAUAGACCCGGUGAUAACGGGUAAAGGCGCGGCCAGGUUUUGGAACCGGCAGCGUGCGGUCAGCUACCACAUAGAUAAUAUCGCUUGGUGUGAAGUAACAGAGACUAAGGGAUCGAAAACCAUGUUCACCCUAGUUUACACCCCGCAGUCGAACGCUCCGGAUAGUUUUCUAGGUCAAAGUCAUUCGCUUCAUCAAUCUGCAUCGUUCAAAAAUCACGAUUUCGAGACGGACUCCGUGACGGCCGAGGAGAUUGUGCGGAAGAUCAAUCAUAUUCUGGAGUUACACAGUAGCGCAUCCAGAAAGGAAUAUCUUGCACAAAAGGAAAGGAAGGCUGCGAGGAGAAAGAGCUUUCACUUACACAGAUGACAGCUCUAUUGGUUGUUCUGUGCAAUCUUAGAUUAUUUGAGGCAUUGAACGUUAUACAAUAGAUAAUUGUAAGGAAAGGAAAUAUCUUUGUACGAUCAAAUAUUAAUAUUCUGACUUUUGUUAAUGUGGCUUAAAAGUGACAGACAGUACGUGUUUAGAUGAUGACUAUCCGUACAACUGCAAAGUUACUAUUAUACUGUAUAACAUUGGUAAAUUAUUUUGUAUUUAUUAUAUUUCAUCUUCAAUGGAAUCAUGGAUGUACCAUGAACGCGAUCAUCACACCAAUAAGUAUUGUACAAUCAAUCUUAGUGCGUAGUCUCAUAUUUAAUUAAUUUAAAUGUUAUUUAUAUUUGUACUAAGAAAAGCUCCCAUAUUACCGAUAAAAUUGUAACUACUCAAAUAAUAUAAUAAUGAAUAAUA